UCUCACUUGGAGUCUCUUGUGAGACUGCAGUCACCUGAGGUUUAGACUGGGGCUGGAGGACCCACUUCCCAGAUGGUUCACCUCCUGCUGUCGGCAGGAGGCUGCAGUUCCUCCCCAUACGGUCAUCUCCACAGGUCUGGUGCUGUUAUGGUUCCUGGGGAUGCAGCAGUAAAGAAAGCAGAGUUCCUGACCUCAUGGAGCAAUACUUGCGUGAGGGAGGAGACAGAUGCGGCAAAUAAGUAAACAACCAAAUUGCCUGAAAAUACAGUUGGCCCUUGAACAACAUGAGUCUGAACUGCAUAAGUCCACUAUACUUGGAUUUCCUUCUGCCUCUGCCACCCCUGAGACAGCAAGACCAACUCCUCCUCUUCUACUUCCUCCUCAGCCUACUCAACUUGAAGACCAUGAGGAUGAAGAUCUUGAUGAUGAUCCACUUCCGCUUAAUGAAUACUUCGUUUCUUCAGACCGUCCAGCUUGCUGCCUCUUGCCCAGUCAUGUGGAGCUAAUGAAGACGCGUUGUUCCACGCCUCUGUGCCUCUCCACAUGUGGUUCCUUUUGCCUGGAGUGCCAGCCCUUUCUGCCUGCUGUCCACCUAUCAAACUUCCACUCAUCCUUUACAAACCAGCGUAAGCAUCAGCGCUUUGGGGGUGUGCGAAAAUACCCAAUGUGGAAUUUGAAGAAUCUCCAGGAGGGCCAGAGAGUAGACUUGGAUGCCACCCAGCCAGAAAUAGAGAAGUUGGGACCACCCAGCCAGGGACAAGGCCACACCUCAGCCAUCACCACCCACAAGCAACGCAGCAUGUAUGAGUUGGGACAGGACACCAGAAACCACCUCAUGAUUGCUCCAGAAGAAGAAGCUGCAGGUGCUCAGCCAUCCUUAUUUCCUGCCAUCCUCAAACUGUGAAGACAGCAAGGCAGCCUGUGGAGAGGCUGCUCACAGAGGCAACCCCACCCUUACUUGA